AUGCCGACCCUAGCGUGUUGCGUUGACGCUUCUCCCCCGUUUCCUCCCGGUUACAUUGCCUGGGAUGGUUCUUUUCCCGCGCCGGAGCCUUUUUCCGGCGUACCUCAUUCGAGAAACACCGUUCUACCUGAUCUAUCAUCCGCCGCUCAUUGGUCACCGAAUCACUCCGCUGCUCUCUACAGAAUUAAUGGAUGGGGUGCGCCUUACUUCUCUGUUAACUCCUCCGGCAAUGUCACCGUCCGUCCGCAUGGUUCCGGAACCAUGGACCAUCAGGAGAUUGAUCUCCUGAAGGUUGUGAAGAAGGCGUCUGACCCGAAAUCGACCGGAGGCCUUGACCUGCCGCUUCCGCUCAUCAUCCGGUUCCCGGACGUUCUCAAGAACCGCCUGGAGUCGAUCCAGUCAGCUUUCAGUUACGCCAUCGAGUCGCAAGGAUACGGCUCGCAUUACCAGGGAGUUUAUCCCGUGAAAUGCAAUCAGGACCGGUUCGUCGUCGAGGACAUUGUGAAAUUCGGUUCCUCUUUUAGGUUCGGAUUGGAGGCCGGAUCCAAACCAGAGCUUCUUCUAGCCAUGAGCUGUCUCUGCAAAGGAAGUUCUGAAUCUCUCCUGAUUUGCAACGGUUUCAAAGAUGCAGAAUACAUCUCACUUGCUUUGAUCGCUCGAAAGCUUUCGUUGAAUACUGUGAUUGUUCUCGAGCAAGAAGAGGAGCUGGAUUCAGUUAUUGAUAUGAGCCGAAAACUUGGUGUUCUUCCCGUUGUAGGAGUCCGUGCUAAGCUCCGUACGAAGCAUUCAGGCCAUUUUGGAUCGACUUCCGGCGAAAAAGGUAAGUUUGGUCUUACAACGACGCAAAUUCUCCGUGUUGUGAAGAAGCUUGAAAAAUGUGGUAUGUUAGACUGCCUGCAAUUGCUCCAUUUCCAUAUCGGAUCUCAGAUCCCUUCCACCGACUUACUGGCCGAUGGCGUUGGUGAGGCGGCGCAAAUUUACAGUGAAUUAGUCCGCUUUGGUGCAUCCAUGAAAGUCAUCGACAUAGGCGGUGGACUAGGCAUUGAUUACGAUGGUUCAAAAUCAACCGACUCUGAUGUCUCCGUGGGUUACACUCUUGAAGAGUACGCCGCCGCGGUUGUUCAGGCGGUGAAGUUUGUUUGUGAUCGGAAAUCCGUGAAGCAUCCGGUGAUUUGUAGCGAAAGCGGACGAGCCAUCGUGUCCCACCAUUCAAUCCUCAUAUUCGAAGCGGUUCUUCCAGCAAAUACACCGUGCCAACUUUGUCUUCCACUGACGUUAAGCAGUUCGGCGAAAGCCUCCCUGAGGAAGCUCAAUCCGAUUAUGAUAAUCUUUCACAGUCCGCCAUCAGAGGCGAGUAUGAAGCUUGUCUGGUGUAUGCUGAUCAGCUGA